AUGUCUCUAAGCGCUCAAGUAACUUCGCAUCUUCGGGGCAUUAUAGACAAAGCCUGCGAAGACCAAAAAUCCGGUAUCCCGGGAACCACGGUUGUGGUCGUUGGCAAAGAUGGCAAGGAAUUAUUUGCCCACUCUGCUGGUAAGCGAGGUGCGGAAUGCGACGAGCCCAUGACUUUGGACAAUAUCUUCUGGAUUGCAUCUUGCACUAAGAUGUUGGUGGGUGUCGCUUGCAUGCAACUGGUUGAACAGGGUGUGCUCAAGCUGGACGACGGAGAGCAGACAGAGCGUCUUUGCCCUGAACUGAAGACUCUCAAGGUUUUGCGGCCUGAUGGUAGUCUCGAGGACAAAAAGAAGGAGAUUACCCUGCGCAUGUUGUUGACCCAUACCGCUGGCUUUGGGUAUUCAUUUUUCAAUGAGCGAUUGAGGCAGUGGUCGUAUCCGGUUGGCUUGGAUGAGUUCUCCGGAAGAAUUGAAGAUAUGAAAUCGGCUUUGGUAUUCCAACCCGGCGAAGGCUGGGAAUACGGUGUUGGCGUUGACUGGGCUGGAAUUGCUUUGGAGCGCGCAACUGGCUUGACGCUCAACGACUACCUGCAGAAACACAUCUUCCAACCCCUUGGACUCAAAGAGAUGUCCAUGAUUCCAAACCACGACAUGCGCCAAAAGCUAGCAUAUAUGAACCACAGAAGUCCAGACGGCACCUUGAGGGCUCGAGACCAUCCUCUCCGAGCACCUCUCGUGGUUGAUCCGGAGAACAAAGCCGAAGUUGCCAGGGUAUUUAACAGCGGCGGUGCAGGCAUUUUUGCCAAGCCCCAGGAGUAUUGCAAGGUCCUGGCCGUGUUGUUAAACGACGGCACGUGCCCUCGAACAGGUCACAAGUUGCUCAGUAAGGAGACUGUCGAUCAAAUGUUUUCGAACCAAAUCCCCCAUUUCCCCAACUACAGCCGACAAGGAAUUACGGCUGCGAAACCGGACCUGACUAAUCCUGUCCCUGAACUGUACCCGGUCGCUGGAGAUCCACCCCAAGGCUGGGGCCUCACAUUUAUGCUGAGCAACGGCGGUGCGACUGGGCGCUCAACUGGCACCGGUCACUGGGCUGGGCUGGCGAAUUUGUGGUGGUGGGCAGACAGGGAGAAUGGCGUUGCGGGAAUGGUUUGCACGCAAAUUCUGCCUUUUGCGGAUCUUCCGGUUAUUGGGUUAUGGGGAGCAAUUGAGGCGGAGAUAUACAAGGCCCUUGCUCAGUGA